AUGAGUGCCCAACAUGAUAAGAAACUUGCGCUAUACUUGCAGAGGUGCAAAGCAAAAGUUGAUGCCGGUGCCCACUAUGAAGCGCAACAGAGUGUGAGGACCUACGUGAACAGGUACGUCGCUGGAAAAAAGUUUGCAGAUGCAACAGAAUUGCUGUUCCAGAGUUGUAAAAUGCUGAUUGAGGCUCAAAAAUACGACGAGAGUGCGGAUCUGUUGUUGUAUCUGUUGGAGAUAUUCGAGAAAGAAUCGCCAUCAGAAGACCAAGUCAAAAAAGACCAAUUGCCACAGGUGGUGGAAAUCUUGAACCUGAUACCAGAUACAGACGCGAACUUGCCCAGUUUGACCAAGGAGAUUUCCAGAUGGGCUGCCGAGUCUACAGGGUCUGCAUUGGGAGAUUCACAGUUGAAUUAUGUUCUUGGUGAAAAGUUGUUCUACAGUGAGUUGAAAGAGAACAUGAAUCUGGCAGAACAGUGCUUAUUGGCAUCACAGAAUGAAGAAGCUUUGAAGCUGCUUCUUGAACUGAAUCUGCAGGUUUUGCGCAACGGUGGACCAGAACUGGUGCCUGUCAUAGCCCCCAGACUAGUUGUUCCUUACCUUCUGAUGGAGAAUUUCAAGUUCGCAACGAAAUCGCUUGCCGUGUUGAUUGAAGAGUACUCCUCCAGGGGUGAACUUGUUGAGAGUGGAGGAAUGAAGACGUUUAUUUUUGAAGAAAGUAAUUUCAAGAUGCUAAACUUUCUCCAAUUGCUGGUACAAUUUGCCCAAAGGGCCGGUCCAGAAAAUGCUGACAACUUCAAAAUUCUGUUUGGAAGGUACAGAUCGUUAUUCGACGAAUCUCUGGAGAAAAAAGUGAACGCUAUAGGCGAGAUCUACUUCGGAGUCAGCGUUGUUGCGAAAGCCGUGAAUCCGCUGCAGAACAUGAUGUCUGGUCUUUUUGGUAGAUGA